UUGGACAAUCGGGCCGAAUUAAAACAAAAAAAAACAUUUAGAGCAUCUCCCACAAAAUCCAAAUCAAUCUAGCCAACGCCAUUCUCCAAACUGGUCGUCCCUCCUCUUCUUCUCACAAUCACAACUCUCUCAUGGACGCCGACGCUUCAUCCUCACUCUCUCCCUACGCUCUUCUCCUCCACGCGCUCUCCCUCGUCCCUCUCUCCCACUACCUCUUUCUCUCCCUUCUCCUCCUCCUCGUUCUUUUCUACAACUUGCUCGAGAUUCAUUUUCUCCACGACCUCUUCACCGCCUUCAGAGGCGAUCCUGUGAACCUCAUCUUCCACUCUUCCUCUCCCCUCUGCCAAUCGCUCGCUGCCACAUGCCACGUCCUCCGCGGCAGAUACUUGUCAACUCCAUGGCUUUCUGGUCCUCAUCUUCAAACAGCUUUCCUUACCUUUUUUGGGAGGGCCCCAAAUGUCACUUAUAAACGACAGCUGUUUCGAACUGUUGAUGGUGGAACAAUUGCCUUGGAUUGGUUAUAUUCUGAUGUUUUGGAAGACUCUGCCCAUGUGAAUGAUACCUCUCUGAAAGGCUGUAAGACUCCAAUUGUCAUUGUGAUUCCUGGAUUAACUAGUGAUUCUACUGCAGAUUAUAUAAAACAUUUUGCCUUCAAGAUGGCAAGACAGGGCAGGAAUGUUGUUGUAAGCAAUCAUCGUGGGCUUGCAGGCGUUUCACUAACUUCUGAUUGCUUCUAUAAUGCUGGAUGGACAGAGGACAUACGGAAGAUUGUUGAGCAUAUUCAUUCUCAAUAUCCAGAAGCUCCUCUAUAUGUUGUUGGAACUAGCAUUGGUGCCAAUAUUCUGGUAAAAUAUCUUGGAGAGGAUGGGGUUAAUACUCCUAUUGUUGGAGCCGCAGCUAUCUGCUCUCCUUGGGACCUUUUGAUAUGUGACAGGUUCAUUAACCGCAAGUUUGUACAGAAAUUUUAUAACAGAGUAUUAGCUGUUGGCCUGCAAGGUUAUGCACAAUUGCAUCAAUCUAUCUUGACUCGUCUAGCUAAUUGGAAUAAUAUAAAAAAGUCGCAUUCCGUUCGAGAUUUUGACGACCAUGCCACUCGUGUUCUUGGAAAAUUUGAGACUGUGGAUUCCUAUUACAGGCAUUCCAGUAGUACCAGUUACGUGAGAAAUGUAUCAGUGCCUCUCCUCUGCAUUAGUGCUUUGGAUGAUCCGGUCUGUACUAGGGAAGCUAUUCCAUUGGAUGAAUGCAGGGCAAAUGAAAACGUCAUGCUUGCUACCACACAACACGGAGGACAUCUAGCUUUUUAUGAAGGAAUAAAUGCAAGCAGCCUGUGGUGGGUGAGAGCCGUUGAUGAAUUUCUUGGUGUCUUACACUCGUCUCCAUUUGUAAACAGAGUAAAGAAGGUUCAGGAGUCUACAGUGCCUGCUCCAUCGGAAUCUUUGAUCGAUCAGGGGCCUUAUGUGAAUGUUGUUGGAGAUGGAAUGGUUGCUGCAGCAGGCACCGUGGCAAUGAACAAUGUUGCAGAAGAAGCACCAAAUGAGCCUCUUGCACAGCUUAAUGAACAUGACCAAGAUGUUUCUUUAGAAACAGAAAAGGAUGACAGGGUUGUGGGGGAAAUACUUAAUGAGAAUAACCUCAUUCCACCAUCGCAACAGCCUGUCAGUGUUGAUGAAAAAAUAGUUCCAAUGAGAAGACAAAUUGAUCAGCUUUCUCGAUACACCAGGAUUUCAAUCUGGUUGCUAGCAUGGAUCGCCUUCUCAACAACUUGGCCAUGGUUAGGUUUUGCUCUUACAUUGUUCCUCAAAAGAAGGUUCAAAAGAUUCAUGCCUACAAUGUUGCUUAAAAGAUAGUAGUACUCUUUAUGACAAUCAUAAUAAAAUCGAAUAAAACCAUAUUUAUGCAACUGUAAGAAGAGAGAAAUGAGACGAAGCAUCUCUGGGAACGAUAAUAAAGAUAGGAGAGCAAUUUAAAUAUCAAAAUUUUAUUCAACAGUGUUUACCUCAAAGUUAAUAUGUAAUAAACCCAUAUAAUAUGUAUAUUCAUGAAAUUCAUAUGAAGUAGAGACAAGCUGAGAAUUUCUUGAAUAAAGUAAUGUAAUUUCUUUUAUUCGAA